AUGUCUUACGUCGCACCAGCCGUUCAGUACGAGGCAGAGAUCACCCCUGGAGACAUCGUGACCGUGAACAACGGCGCGUACGCCAAGCGCGAGGGUCUUGUUGUCGGCUCGCACAUCGACUACGCGGGCCGCCAGAUCGUUGAGGUCCAGUUCGAGCCGAACGAGAUCUACCACGCAUACUACCCCGCCGUCACGCGCGUCCGCCGCACGGUGUACACUCGCCCCAAGCGCGUGCCCACCGUCGAACGUCACAUCUACUGGUGA